AAAUCCAAAGGUAACGAACAAAAGAAAUAUUGCGAAAAGAAAAUUACUAGAAAAAAUAGACAUGGACGAGCAAGAGUUUCGCCGGAUCCUGGAACACUUCCCCGUCGUUCGAUCUCGCCACUAUCGCGCCGAGUCAGAUUCAUCGAGACAGUCAACAUCUCGGUCAACACAGAAUAAGGCGAUUAGGGAUUGGCAAGAUGCUUGGAAUGACAGAGAGAGAAAGGAAAUGAACAAUCAAGAUAUUGAUCUGCAUGAUGCAUUCUGGGAGAAGCUAAGAGUGGCAGCUGAGAGGAAGGUUGGUGCAGCAGAAGUUGAUAGGUUGUGCAAGUCUUUUCAACAAGUUCACAAGAAGCUGGUGUAUGAGGGAUUGAGCUUUGAUGUUUGUAAAAAAGUUCCCAGCUUCAUCACCAAGUGUAAGAGAAUAAUCCUCCACCUAUAAUGUUAAUUGUACACUUGUUACUGUUUUUUUUUAAGAUAAUGGAAUUGAUGGGAGUAAGAAAUUCUUGUUGGCCUAGAACUGGUUUCAAGUAGGUUUUCUCUUUCAAAAUAACGUAUAAGAUUCUGAAAUUAAAUCGCAUAUAUGUGAAUUAAAGGUUAAUAUUUUUU